AGUAAAGCCCUUUGACAUCUGAUUUUUAAAUAAUGUCAAAAUCUGACAAUCAGAUGCUGAAACUUGAAAGGGAGGCGUUAAUCCUAAUACAUUUUAAUAUUUCUCAUUUAAAAUAUAUAAAAUGAUUCGCUUCAUUUUAAUACAAAACCGUGCAGGUAAGACUCGGUUAGCUAAGUGGUACAUGAAUUUCGAUGAUGACGAAAAACAGAAGCUUAUUGAAGAAGUCCACGCUGUUGUGACUGUUCGUGAUGCAAAACAUACUAACUUUGUUGAGUUCCGUAAUUUCAAGAUUGUGUAUAGAAGAUAUGCCGGCUUAUAUUUCUGUAUAUGUGUGGAUGUGAAUGACAAUAAUCUCUGCUACUUGGAGGCUAUACACAACUUUGUUGAGGUUCUCAAUGAAUACUUCCAUAAUGUCUGCGAAUUGGAUCUUGUCUUUAAUUUUUAUAAGGUAUACACAGUUGUUGAUGAGAUGUUCCUGGCGGGCGAGAUAAGAGAGACAUCACAGACGAAAGUUCUGAAGCAACUCUUAAUGUUGAACUCAUUAGAGUAAGCUAUAUUUAUACACAAGAGUCUCAUACAUAGAAUUAAACAUAUAUUUACUUUAUAUUUAUGAAAUUCAAUGAAAUCAUUGUAUAUAAACAAUUUAUUUAACAUACAGCAUUAUUAUGAUUGAAUUUAGAUGUUUCUAAUAGAAUCACAUGAUUGCUAAAUUCUUUUCGUAAUUAACUAAUUAAAAAGUUAUGUUAUGUAACCUUAGAUAUAAAUUAUUAAAUUUAACAUAUAAUAGCACUUUUUGAUUAUCUAAAAUAAAUAUUAAGCUUGUCAUCACUUGUAACUUAAAAAGGCUUUUAUAUAAAGCUUCAGGGGCACAUAUAUGAACAUUUUAAAUGAUUUUAUAUUUGUGUUUGCCCAAGUGUCAAUAAUGCAUAUAUCACUUUCAGAAUCAGUUUUCUUUCAUGAAAUCAUAUGAGUGAUAUGUAUAUUGUAUAUUGCCAUUUCCAAAAAUCAUAAUCUGUCUAAGUGUCUGUUUGUUUUAUUUGGUAAAUGUAGUAAAACUAUUGGAAAUGUUGCAGAAUGGAUUUUCCUAAUAAACCAGUGUAAGGUUUAUAUUAUGAAUAGAAAAAUGUAUAAUUUAUAAAGUUCAUGUACUUUAGUGAAUACUCAUUCCACUGUAAAGUAAGGUGUAUUAAAUGUUAUUACAAAUUA